GAGCUGUGGUCACGUGAUCCUUUCACCUGUGCCCAACCUGUUUAUCUGCUGUUGCCGCUCUGAGUCACUGCCGAAGGAUACGUUAAAAUCCCCGUCGUUUACACUGAAAGUUUGACUUUUCACAGGUUUCGCACAGUGUACCCCUCCGGUUACCGCAGUGUUUUGUGUCUUUCUGUUUGUUCUUUUGAGGUUUUGUUUGAGGUUUAACUCGCUGACUCGUGUGGACUUCGAUCUCGGUGAGGUACCAUUCUCAAACAAGGAAGUCUCGUCUGCUGAACCUGUCGUUGAUGAAGUCGACGGGCCGUUAGUAAAUGGCAACAAAUGCCCACGGUUGGCUGUUCUGAGAGGUUAUUUUAUUCUGGAUGUUUAUAAAUCGUAUAAAGUUGACUUGUGAGAAUCCUGGACUGUCUGUGGAGAGUACCAUCUUAACUGGAUAAAGCAGCUUCCACCCUCCGCGGGACAAGGUGAGCUAUUUGUUGACGGUGAAGCGCGUGCAUAUAAAGGAUAAGAUCAUCUGAACAAACACGAUGAAUAUUUCUGUGGAAGACAUGGAUUCAUCAGCUGAAAACAGUUCCAUUGUUCACCUGCCCUCACCAGUUCUCCCAGAGAAGUCCGGCAUCUCCAAUAUGACCAUCAUUCGAACCGGCAACGGGUCAAUCUUAGAGGACCAGAUGUUUCUGAACACACUGGCUGCUCAGGCCCUCUCAGGGAUAUUUGUCUGGUCUGCCUUGCUCAUAACAUGCCACCAGAUCUACACACACCUUCGAUCCUACACUGUCCCCAAUGAGCAGAGAUACAUCAUCCGCAUCCUGUUCAUUGUGCCUGUGUAUGCCUUUGAUUCCUGGCUCAGCCUGCUCUUCAUCAGCAACGACCAGUACUAUGUGUACUUUGAUUCCAUUCGAGACUGUUAUGAAGCAUUCGUCAUUUACAAUUUCCUAAGCCUGUCCUUUGAGUAUCUGGGAGGAGAGAGUGCAAUCAUGUCUGAGAUUCGAGGGAAGCCCAUACAGUCAAGUUGUCUGUAUGGUACGUGCUGCCUCGUUGGUAUGAGCUACUCCAUCGGCUUUUUAAGAUUCUGCAAACAGGCGACUCUCCAGUUCUGCGUUGUCAAACCCAUCAUGGCAGUCAUCACCAUCAUCCUGCAGGCCUUUGGCAAAUAUCAUGAUGGAGAUUUUAAUGUGAAUGGAGGAUACCUGUACAUCACAAUCAUAUACAACUUCUCAGUCAGCCUGGCCCUCUACGCUCUCUUCCUUUUCUUCUUCGCAACAAGUGACCUGCUCAGGCCGUACGAACCGGUGCUCAAAUUCCUCACAAUUAAAUCUGUCAUCUUCUUAUCCUUCUGGCAAGGAAUGGUCCUCGCCAUCCUGGAACGAUGUGGCGUCAUCCCCAACGCGCUCUUCAUCGACGGACAAGAGGUAGGUGCCGGCACCGUGGCGGCAGGCUGGCAGAACUUUAUCAUCUGCAUCGAGAUGUUCUUCGCUGCCAUUGCCCUCCGAUACGCCUUCACCUGUACCGUCUACCAGGAGAAGAAAAACGAAGUACCAGAGAACAUCCCCCCGAUGCAGAGCAUCUCCAGCGGUUUGAAGGAAACCAUAAACCCUGGAGACAUGGUGCAGGAUGCCAUCCACAACUUCUCCCCGGCCUACCAGCAGUAUACCCAGCAGUCCACACAGGAAGUGGUCCAGCCCAGCACGAACGGGAAAGUGGCCACAGGCAACAAGAGCUCCCGCAAGUCUGACAAAAUCAUGCUGAUUACCUCUGAUGAUGAAUUCUAGGCUUUUUCCCAGCAAGAUCCAGGUGUUUGUGUCCUUGCCACCCCUAUCUCUGACCCCCUGGGGAAACAGCUGUAUAGCAUAUCGUACAGAGCUGGAUUGCGUCCAGGUGUUUAAUUUUCAUUAUCCCAGUAUUUAAGAUGGACUGCUUACUUCUGUCCCAUUUUAAUGAAUAAUUUAAGCACCAAGAGGAGGAUGAGAUUAAUAAUAGUUUUAAAAUUGAUGGUUCAAUGACCAUAGGACUGAUCUGCCAACAUCUUGGCAGUAAUAAUCACAGGAAAAUGACAUAUCACCUUCAUUUUAUCAGAGGAGUCUGGAGCUAUGCGUUUGCUUUAAAUCAAGCUGCUGGAUGUCCCUGAUCCUGAUUCUGUUUCUGUCAUCAUGUCAGUGCUCGCUCUCUGGCCGUCUGAAGUGCGUUCCCUCUGAUUCACGUCACUUUCAAAGAGGAGAUGAUUAAUAUGUGACUCCAGGUGGGAAGCAGGGGAAAGCCAGCGAUGGCUGAGAAUGACACUUCACGGACUGUCUCGAAUCUGCUCGUUUGAAGUAUUUGCUGAGCAUUCCUCUGCAUGGUUUCCUGACAAAUGGAAGGAUUCGACACAUUAGUUUUGGAGCAGGCACUUCAAACUGCAGACUAUAGCACUUCGCAAUCUUUUGUUUCUACCACAGCACGGACAAAUUGGAUAAACCUGUCUCCUACAAAAGUGGGAGUUGUAUUAUUCUCAUUAAUUUUCCCAGCAUGCAAAAGCGUGUAAUUCAGUGCAACUAGACAGCCAUUCAACAGACGAUAACAAUUAGUCUUUUUGCAGCUUCUACACUAUGAUAAAUGAUUUUGGCAGAGCCUUUUUGUGUUUGAUGUGUUCACACCACUAUUCAUGUUAUAAUUCCAUCUUAAAGGGAUUAUGAAAUAUGUACAGAAUUUGAUCAUUGUAAAUUGUGGUGUUUAAUAUUUCAUUUGUUUGUUUGAAUUAUGUAUUGGGAAGAUCUUAAUGUAUUUAAUGUGUGCAGUUCAGAUGUAGUAAGAUGAAAACCAAACCCUGUGUGGUGAGAGGAGAAACACAUACUAAACAGUGUGCUUUAAGAGACUUUUGGCAGUUUCAUCUCCCAUUUUUUUCUACUAGUUAUCUCUGUUUGUCACAUGGGAGACAUAUAACUACAGUACAUUAGUUAUUGAGGACUAGUUUGUAUAGCAAGUCAUAGUUAGUUGAAUUUUGAUACCCUCUUGUGCCAAUGAUAGCUGUCUUUCUGGGAAAGCAGAAAUUUACAGUUGGGUACAAAAAUAUACUGAAUAGUUGUGACUAAUGUCUGUUAGUCCAGUGUGGAACUCGUGCAAAAUAAAAUGUUUUGCUUCUGUAACUCA